GUCUCCCCCAAAAAGGGCUCUUUCAGUUAAUUAAACUUGCGAGCUAAAGACUUAAAGCUACCCACAGCCAUUUUAUUUUGCCUCCUACUCGCGGCUCUUCACCCUGAAAGAGAUAGACAUGGCGACGGCGGAUUCUCCAAACCCCUCCAGCUCCGACGUUGAUCUCCCUGAUUCCAAUGAAAACCCUACUCCUAAUUCCUCUUCUGGCGCCUUGGCGCCCGUUCAACCUCCCUCCUCCGCCGUCAUCCCCGCCAGUCCUGCCGUCUGCCUCAUCGGCUUCGCUAGCGAGUCCGCCGGCGGCGCGUUGAUGGGCUCCAUCUUCGGUUUUGGUUCUGGACUAGUCAGGAAAAAGGGUUUUCAAGGAGCUCUUGGAGAGGCUGGUUCUCAUGCAAAGACGUUUGCUGUUUUGUCUGGAGUGCACAGCCUGGUCAUAUGCUUUCUGAAGAGACUUCGUGGGAAGGAUGAUGUCAUCAAUGCUGGUGUUGCUGGAUGUUGCACUGGUCUCGCUUUAAGUUUCCCAGGUGCACCUCAGGCUAUGUUGCAGAGUUGUGUCACUUUCGGGGCCUUCUCGUUCAUUGUCGAAGGGAUGAACAGGAAGCAAACAGCACUUGCUCAUCCAUUUAAUAAUGUAAGCAGCACAAGCCAUCGCCCGCCUCGUCACCUCACCCUACCCCUCUCGGUUCCUCUUCCAGAAGAGCUAAGCCAGGCCUUCUCUUUCUUCUGUGAUUCCUUGACGAAGCACCGCAUCAAAUCUCCCAGGCCUGGAACCUGGAGUGCUUGAAAACUGAGAGUCUAGGACAGUGUACCAUUGAUGAAUGAGGUUCGCAACAAAGACAGACUAAAGACUUGAAUGCUUCCAUUCCAUUGCUCUCUGCGAUCGGAUCCCAGCAAGGACUGAGAGGUUUAGUCAAAAAUUUCUCUAGAAUUUUGAAAGCUGUCCCUUUUUCCUCUUUGUAGAUAUAGUCCUAGUCCGUGUGUAUCGAUCGUCAGUAAAGUAGUUUGAGGCGAGGAAUGCUGCAAUUUGUCAAUUGAGUAGCACCUCUGAACAAUGUUAGUCGCUAAGUACUCUACUUCUUUGAUCCCAUCCUCAUCAUCGCAAACUACUCUACCUCAUCUCAUGUGUAUCGAUCGAUCAUCAGUAAGUUGGUUAGUAUUUAAAAGUCGUAGUUCGAUAAUUGAUACAUGAAAACCAUCACAUUCGAACUCGUUAUCAUCGCUGG